GUCAGGAGAAAGUGAAGUCACUGUUUACUAGGAUCCCGGGGCAUGUACCCCGCCUGCAGCGAACAGAAAGCGACCCCUGGAAGCCCGCAAAAUUCUGCCCCACAGAGCUGCUCUCAUAGCGGGGCAACCACCAUCAUUGCUUGCCGGCCCUCGUGGCCGCCCGAUCAACUGGAACCGAACCUCAUUCAAACAUCACAUUCGGUUUAUGAAUUAGACACUCUUACAUCUAACCAUUCCUCUCUCAAUCAAACGAACAAAAGACGCAAAGAUGUCCGGCAAGCAAGAAGGAGUCGACAUCGGGAGCCUCAGCGCUCAACAACUCACCGCCGUCAAGAAGCAGCUGGACGAGGAGGUCGAGCACCUGACGGCCUCGUACACGCAGCUGGCAGCGGCGCAGGCCAAGUUCAAGGAGUGCUUGCGGAUUGUGCAGACGGGGAGCAGUUCUUUUGAUGACAACAAAGACAUCCUCGUGCCCCUCACCAACUCCCUCUAUGUCAAGGGCAAGCUCUCCAACCCCGACCGCGUGAUCGUCGAUGUUGGUACUGGGUUCUACGUUGAAAAGGACACCAAAAGUGCCACUGAGUUCUACGAUGCCAAGGUUCAGGAACUUGGCGCCAACAUUCAGAACCUAGAAGCUAUUGUCCAAGGAAAGACUAACAACCUCCGCGUGGUGGAAGAAGUCUUGAGGCAGAAGGUGCUGGCACAAGGAGCUGGAACUGCAUCGACACAGGCAUAGUGGAGAAUCUGACUUGUCAUUGUGUGAUUGAGCGAAGCAAAAAACGAACUAAAGUUACGGUACAGCUACUUGGUGAACGCCCUUUAUCUACUUGCACACGUGUUGAGCCCGUUGACGAUUAUUUUAACGACACA